UUAACGAUGUGGGCACCGCAGUACCCUAUUCUAACUCCACCACUGUCGCUGUUGGUUGGGAGCUGUCUGUCAAUGAGUUGCUGAUGAAUUAUCUCUCUUUUUUCCCAGGCACUAUAGUCUAAUUGUAAAUGCAGCGCUCUGUUUUUCCAUGGGCAAGAAGGGAGGAUCCUCGUGGUUGACGGCCGUCAAAAGGGCUUUUAGAUCUCCUUCCAAAGAUGAAGAUCACAAGAAAACAGAGAAGCGGAGAUGGGUUUUCAGGCGAUCCACCAAUCUGCACGACCCGCCCACCCACCAAACGCCCUCCAACCCAUCUUCCGACGCGGCGCUUGCUGUGGCGGUGGCCACUGCCGAAGCUGCAAUGGCCACCGCCCAAGCGGCUGUAGAGGUUGUUCGCCUCACCACCAAGCCUUCCAAUCACGCCAGAGACCACUACGCUGCAAUUCUAAUUCAGACUGCUUUUAGAGGAUACCUGGCGAGGAGGGCUCUGCGUGCGCUCAAGGGGUUGGUGAAGUUACAGGCUCUUGUGAGGGGUCACAAUGUCAGGAAACAGGCUAAGAUGACCCUCCGAUGCAUGCAAGCUCUGGUUCGAGUGCAGGCCCGUGUGCUUGAUCAGCGGAUGCGGCUCUCUCAUGAAGGCACAAGAAAUUCCACACUCAGCGACCCUAGUACCGCCCUUGGAUCGCGGUACCUUCAAUUCUUGUCUGAUAGAAAAGAGUUUGCCAUGAAGCGUGAUCGAAAUCUUUCCCAACAGAUAUGGCGGAGAGGUCGAAGUCCGUCCAUGGGCAGCGGAGAUGAUCUGGAAGAAAGACCCAAGUGGUUGGAUCAAUGGAAUUCAAGGAAACCAUGGGAGUGCAGGGGAAGAGCUUCAACCGAUCAAAGAGAUCCGAUCAAAACAGUCGAAAUCGACACAUUCCAGCCCUACGCUCGCACAUCCUCCAACUUCCGAAGAAUGGCUCAACAUCAACAAAGAACAAACCCGCAUUCUGGCAGUUCACCACUCCACCGGACGCAACAAAACGUACCCUCUUUCUACCACUCACCGGCCACACCCUCCCCGUCUAAAACUAGGCCUAUGCUGCAAGUCCGGUCUGCAAGCCCUCGUUUCGUGAGAGAGGACACAAGCGAGAAUACAUCCCAAACACCGAGCUUAAGGUCAAACUACUACUACAGUGGGAAUUUGGUCCAACAAGGGAGGAGUGGAGCGAGUAGCAGUUAUGGUGGUGAAGGCAACAAUUGUUUGCCCAAUUACAUGGCGGCCACGGAGUCUGCAAAGGCCCGAUUAAGGUCGCAGAGCGCGCCGAGGCAAAGGGCGUCAACGCCAGAGAGGGAGAGGGAGAAGGGAGGAAUUGGGUAUGCGAAGAAACGGCUGUCAUUCCCUGUUCCUGAUCCAAUUGGGCAUGGAGUUUUGAGGAGUCCAAGUUUCAAGAGCGUGAGCGGGACGUACUUGGGGAUGGAGCAGCAAUCCAACUAUUCUUCCUGCUGUACUGACAGCCUGGGCGGAGAGAUUUCCCCCUCUUCAACUACUGAUCUAAGAAGGUGGCUAAGGUGAUAUUCAUUCGUUGAUAAAAAUUCAUGAACGUUGCUGUGUUGCUGCCUCUGAAAUUACAAGUUCCUUGUAAUCAAUCCCCCUAACCCCCCAAAACAGAGUUUCUCAGGAAUAGGAUGUAACAUUAUCAAACUAAAGACUGUGUUGUUGUCUCAAUUUUGCCAAAUUGGUCCAUAUAUAAUGCUUCGUGGGAUUUGGAAAUUGUUUAGUAUUUUUAAGUGUAGCUAAAGCUAAAACAGAUUCUUGUAUUUGGUCUAACAGAAACGUGGUGUGUUUUUGUGUUUGUAUUGUUACAAUAAUUAUUCAGCUAAUUGAUAUGACCAUUCUUCCA